AUGAUUCGGUACCUUUUCACUUCAAUUUCCGAAACUGGUUUUAGCCAAUAAAACCGCCUGAAAAAAAAUUAAAAAUAAAAAUAAAUAUUGAACCUUUAAUAUAGCUGAAUCAGAAUCUUGUCUCUUCUAUAAAUAAAAAAUUAUUUUUUUCAGUCCUUCUCACAAACCCCCCUUCUCUUUGAUCCACAGUUUCAGUUUUUCUCAUUAGCAGUCAUUAGCAGUUUUUAAGAAAAAGGCUAAAGUUCCAACCUUUAAGUGAGAUAUGGCGACUGCUAGUAAUUCAAACAAGUUGCAAAAAUUAGCUUCCAUUGAUGCACAGUUACGACUAUUGGUUCCUUCUAAAGUAAGCGAAGAUGAUAAAUUAGUUGAAUACGAUGCUUUGCUUUUAGAUCGAUUCCUUGAUAUUCUUCAAGAUUUACAUGGCGAAGAUCUUAAAGAAACUGUUCAAGAAUGUUAUGAACUGUCAGCUGAAUAUGAAGGGAAAAAUGAUCCCAAAAAACUUGAGGAGUUAGGGAAUGUAUUAACCAGUUUAGAUCCAGGUGAUUCCAUUGUCGUAGCUAAAGCUUUUUCACAUAUGCUUAAUUUAGCUAACCUCGCCGAAGAAGUUCAAAUCGCAUAUCGGCGAAGGAUUAAGUUGAAAAAGGGCGAUUUCGUUGACGAGAAUUCGGCUACCACCGAAUCCGAUAUCGAAGAAACUUUAAAGAGACUUGUGGUUGAUUUGAAUAAGUCACCGGAAGAAGUUUUCGAUGCUCUUAAGAAUCAAACCGUUGAUCUCGUCUUUACUGCGCAUCCUACGCAAUCGGUUCGUAGAUCGUUGCUGCAAAAACAUGGAAGGAUAAGAAAUUGUUUAGCGCAGUUGUAUGGUAAAGAUAUUUCUCCGGAUGAUAAGCAAGAGCUCGACGAGGCUUUACAGCGCGAGAUUCAAGCCGCAUUUCGUACGGACGAGAUUCGAAGGACACAACCGACUCCUCAAGAUGAAAUGAGGGCCGGAAUGAGUUACUUCCAUGAAACGAUAUGGAAGGGUGUCCCUAAAUUUUUACGACGAGUUGAUACAGCUUUGAAGAAUAUCGGGAUUAAUGAACGUGUUCCUUAUAACGCUCCGCUUAUUCAAUUUUCUUCAUGGAUGGGCGGUGAUCGUGAUGGUAAUCCGAGGGUAACGCCCGAGGUCACAAGGGAUGUUUGCUUGUUGGCUAGAUUGAUGGCUGCUAAUUUAUACUACUCCCAAAUCGAGGAUCUGAUGUUCGAGUUGUCGAUGUGGCGUUGCAGCGAUGAGCUCCGUGUUCGUGCUGAAGAACUUCAUAGAUCAUCAAGGAGAGAUGCUAAACAUUACAUAGAGUUCUGGAAACAAGUUCCUCCGAAUGAACCGUACCGUGUUAUUCUCGGUGAUGUUAGGGACAAGCUGUAUCAGACACGAGAACGGUCUCGUCAAAUGUUAUCUCACGGUAUCUCUGAUAUUCCAGUGGAAGCAACUUUCACCAACAUUGAGCAGUUCCUGGAGCCGCUCGAACUGUGUUAUAGAUCUCUUUGCUCGUGUGGUGACCAACCGAUUGCUGAUGGAAGCCUUCUCGAUUUCUUGAGGCAAGUUUCGACUUUCGGGCUCUCACUUGUUAGACUUGACAUUAGGCAAGAGUCUGAUCGCCACACCGAUGUCAUAGAUGCCAUUACCAAGUACUUGGAAAUAGGUUCCUAUCGAGAAUGGUCUGAAGAACAAAAGCAGGAAUGGUUGUUAUCUGAACUAAGUGGCAAGCGCCCGUUGUUUGGUCUCGAUCUUCCUAAAACCGAAGAAAUUGCUGAUGUUUUGGACACGUUCCAUGUCAUAGCGGAACUCCCGGCAGACAGCUUCGGAGCAUACAUCAUUUCAAUGGCGACUACACCUUCAGAUGUUCUUGCUGUUGAGCUCCUACAGCGUGAAUGCCACGUGAAGCAACCGUUAAGAGUUGUCCCACUUUUCGAGAAGCUUGCGGAUUUAGAGGCUGCACCCGCUGCAUUGGCUCAGCUUUUCUCUAUAGAUUGGUAUAGAAACCGGAUCAAAGGCAAACAAGAAGUUAUGAUUGGGUACUCAGAUUCGGGUAAAGAUGCUGGGCGUUUCUCUGCUGCGUGGCAGUUGUACAAAGCUCAAGAGGAGCUUAUAAAGGUUGCUAAGCAAUUCGGUGUGAAGCUAACGAUGUUCCAUGGUCGCGGUGGAACUGUUGGAAGAGGAGGUGGUCCCACCCAUCUUGCUAUAUUAUCUCAACCACCAGAAACUAUUCACGGGUCACUUCGUGUUACAGUUCAAGGUGAAGUUAUUGAGAAAUCGUUCGGAGAAGAGCAUUUGUGCUUUAGAACACUCCAACGUUUUACAGCUGCCACACUUGAGCAUGGUAUGCGCCCUCCGGUUUCACCGAAACCCGAAUGGCGUGCUUUGAUGGAUGAAAUGGCUGUCGUUGCUACGGAGGAGUACCGUUCCAUUGUCUUCAAAGAACCUCGAUUUGUUGAAUAUUUCCGCCUCGCUACACCCGAGUUAGAGUACGGUAGGAUGAAUAUCGGUAGCAGACCAUCGAAGCGGAAGCCAAGUGGGGGCAUCGAAUCUCUCCGAGCUAUCCCUUGGAUCUUUGCCUGGACACAGACGAGAUUUCAUCUUCCCGUUUGGCUCGGUUUUAGAGCAGCAUUCAAACAUGCCAUUCAAAAGGACAUUAAGAAUCUCCAUAUGCUGCGGCAGAUGUACAACGAAUGGCCUUUCUUCCGGGUAACAAUCGAUUUGGUUGAAAUGGUCUUCGCAAAAGGAGAUCCCGGGAUCGCCGCCUUAUAUGAUAAUCUCCUUGUUUCUCAAGAACUAUGGUCAUUCGGAGAGCGGUUGAGGACUAACUAUGAAGAAACUAAAAGCCUUCUCCUACAAAUUGCCGGGCACAAGGAUCUUCUCGAAGGUGAUCCGUACUUGAAGCAAAGACUACGGCUCCGAGACUCAUACAUAACAACACUAAAUGUCUGCCAAGCCUACACACUCAAACGUAUCCGUGACCCAAGCUACGACGUCAAGUUCCGUCCACAUAUCUCCAAAGAGAUCAUGGAAUCAAACAAAUCCGCGGAUGAACUCGUGAAACUAAACCCGACGAGUGAAUACGCCCCCGGUUUAGAAGACACCCUCAUCUUGACCAUGAAGGGAAUCGCUGCCGGCUUGCAAAACACCGGUUAAACCCCACUUCGGCUAACUCUUAAGUCGAUUUAGUCCCGGGAAUAAGAAUUACACAUCGAAAAACAUUGACGACGGGUUAAAAGAUGUGGAUGAUGCUAUUUAAAUUCCUAGUUACAGUGUUCAUUGUUGCACCAAAAUUUAUUAUAUUAUAUGCUUUUUAAUUAUUAUGUAAGCAAUCUGGCCAAUAUAUAUAUAUAAUGUAAGCAAGUUACUUAUCUUGGUUUGGUUCUAA